GGCGUUCUGCGUGGGCUACUGUUGCGUAGUGGCGACUGGGCUUGUAUUCCUCUGACGAGAAGCUAUGGGAUUAGCAAAAUAGACCAGGGAUGCGGGUAUCUCCUUGGUCACGUCUUAAAACAUUAUUUGCUAAGUUUCCCGCAGUUGAAACAGCGUUAGCGAGCCGUGCGGUCCCUGAUAUUUGCCACACUGUCUUUCCGAACAAUGUUAUUAUCCACCGUGGCUUUGAGCGGAGCCGGAAAACUAACUUGCCUGAGCUAGCUCAUAGCUAGCGCAUAAGAAAGCUCGAGUCGACGACAUAAUAGGCUGGUCUGCUUCUGGGAACGCGGUGUGCUCGGUGUGUCAGAUCAGUUGAGAGGACGUUAUCAGUGAUUUUCAGACAGUAUCCUCGGCCUGUCCUGUCGUUCUCGUCGGUCUCUGUUGUACAAUCAUCAGCAUUGACCGUGACAUGAAGUGGCAUCGGCUUACUUGGUAGCAAGGUAGCUAACAGCAGCCAGUCCCCGGUGUCUUCACAGCGGCAGCAGAUCUCACUGCGCUGGCUAAAAAUACCACCGCACGUCCCAUGCUCUCUACACCUCCAAAAGUGUUGGUCUAGUCCACGUUGGACUUAUCUUUGGCUUUCCUGGUCACAUUGUUCAGAGUUUGGCACUCUACAUGGUCACCACAGUAAAUGUAAGACGACUGGAAGAGCGAGUCGGACCCCGAGGUUGUGAGCCGAGCUGGCCUGAUCUGACGGUAAAUCGCACCGGCUGCUGGGCUUCAGGUCUUCAAGGGACCGACGCACGGCUGUGGCUGAUCGGUGUCCGAAUAUCAUUUCGCUCUGAUGGCCUUGUUUUGUCAUUAGUGGGGAUAUAACAAACCUUGGUCCAGCCCAAGGUUGCAGGACCGAAACUUCGUAAAGGUCAGAGGAAAAACGCGCUGUUCCCACGGUUUUCUGUCUGAGAUUGGUGAGGCAGACUUCAUCUGUCCAGAGCACCAUGUCGGAGGAUAACAACGCAGACAAGUUCAUCAAGGAGACAUCCAUUCUGGACGAGUACAACAUAAACUGGACGCAGAAGUUAGGGGCUGGUAUCAGUGGACCGGUCAGAGUGUGUGUGAAGAAGUCAUCUCAGGAACGCCUGGCCCUGAAGAUCCUCAUUGAUCGCCCCAAGGCCAGAAAUGAGGUGCGUCUCCACAUGAUGUGUGCCAACCACCCAAAUAUAGUGCAGAUCCUGGAGGUUUACGCCAACAGUGUCCAGUUCCCACACGAGUCCAGCCCCAGAGCGAGGCUCCUGAUCGUCAUGGAGAUGAUGGAGGGCGGUGAGCUGUUCCACAGAAUCAGCCAGCACAGGCACUUUACUGAAAAGAUGGCCAGUGAGGUCACCAAGCAGAUCAGUCAAGCGCUGGAACAUUGUCACUCCCUUAAUAUUGCACAUCGUGACCUGAAGCCAGAGAAUCUGCUCUUCAAGGAUAACUCUCUGGAUGCACCUGUGAAGUUGUGUGACUUUGGCUUUGCCAAAAUUGAUCAAGGAGACUUGAUGACCCCUCAGUUCACUCCUUACUACGUAGCACCUCAGGUACUUGAGGCUCAAAGAAGACACCAGAAAGAAAAGUCUGGAAUUAUACCUACCUCACCCACUCCUUACACCUACAAUAAGAGCUGUGACUUGUGGUCUCUCGGUGUGAUUAUCUAUGUAAUGCUCUGCGGCUAUCCUCCGUUCUACUCCAAACACCACAGUCGCACCAUCCCAAAAGACAUGAGGAAGAAGAUUAUGACGGGAAGCUUUGACUUCCCCGAAGACGAGUGGAGCCAAAUUUCUGAGAUGGCCAAGGACAUUGUACGCAAGCUGCUGAAGGUGAAGCCAGAGGAGAGGCUGACUAUCGAAGGAGUUUUGGCUCACCCUUGGCUCAACUGCACCGAGGCCCUCGACAACGUGCUGCCCUCCGCGCAGAUGAUGAUGGAUAAGGCGGUAGUCGCAGGCAUCCAGCUGGCCCACGCAGAGCAGCUGGCCAACAUGAGAAUUCAGGAGUCAAACGUCAGCCUGAAGCCUCUAAACUCUGUCAACAACCCAAUCCUCAGGAAACGGAAACUACUAGUCCCAAAGCCCGGCGACGGUUUCUUCAUUCAUGACCCGGAGAACGGAGGGGAAGACUCCAACGUGGCGCUGGAAAAAUUACGAGAUGUCAUUGCACAGUGUAUACUACCACAAGCUGGUGAGAACGAGGAUGAGAAGCUCAACGAGGUGAUGUAUGAAGCCUGGAGGUUCAACCGAGACUGUAAGCUGCUGAGGGACGGCCUGCAGGGCCUCAGCUGGGACGGACGAGCCUUCUCCGACAAAGUGGACCGACUGAAGCUGGCCGAGAUAGUGAAACAGGCCAUUGAAGAAAAGACAAAUCUCCAAGAAUCUCAUUAGCGAACGCUGUGUUUCUAUCUUCUUUUUAUAUCGUUUAUUAUGACCCUUUUUAACCCAUAUCUGUAAAGUGGCUUUUUUUUAAGUGAAACGAUGCGCAAAUCUUUUUUUUUUUCUUCUUUCUCUCUUCAUGAAUUCACCUUCAAGACCUAUCGUUGAGCUAUUGUACAGCUGUAGAUACGUUUCAAAGAGGACUCGUUGGUACGAUAAUUUUUUUUUUUUUUUAAAGCGGACACUUGCAAAGAACUCAGAAAAAAAACUAUAUUUUCAUUUUUGCAAAAAAAAAAGAAGAAGAGAAAAGAAGAAGAGAAAAAUCUGUGAAAGAAAUUAUUUUCUGGGAGGGAAUUUUUAUUAGCUGCUUAUCCAAGAUGUCAUGUGUUUUAUCCCGGUUAUUUCAUUUUAUUCUAUUUUAUUUUAUCUUAACCAUCCAUGAGAGUUUUAUUUAUUUAAACAAAGAGUUUUCAUUAUUUUAUACCUUACUUGUAGCUUGAUAGUGAACUGAAGUUGAGAGAAUCUCUCCGAUGUGACUUUGUUCUUCCACAUGCUCUCAGUCUCAGAGCCUCAGACUACAGGCAAACGAAUUAUAGAUUCUUUGUGUUUGUGCAACUUUCCACUGACCCUUUUUUUGUUGUAAAGAGGUCAAGGAGCAAAUGGAGGUGAAAGAAAAAGUGUCAUAAAACCGCAUACAUGCAGCCUCACAGUUGUUCAUUGUGCCACUUCCUCAGAGCUGUUCAUCUUCAGCUUUUUAGCUCCUGCUGAGACUUUGUUCACACGGGUUCAAAUCAAAACUGAACCAUCAACCAGAUCCAGAACCUACUGUUACCAGUGUGUGAAGCGACAUCAGAGUGAAUAGGUUCAGAUAUUUGCACCGACCAGGCGUUUUAAAUUUCACCCCGCUGUCCGACGCGUUCUUGAGAGGUCGCGAAUCCGCCCUUUGUUUGAAGUCACUGAUCUGUGAAAACGGACGCAAUCUGAGCCGCUGGGUCUGCUUUUUUAAUCCAGGCCCUGCGCUGUUGAUAUCGCAGCUCUAGUUCAUGUCUUUCAUGCUGGAAAAACAUCAGGAGGAAGGUCUGUUGGUGUUUUGGUCAUAACUUGAUCCUCUAAUUAAUGUGCAAUAGGGCAAUAAUUUAAUCUUUUAUUCAUGUUUCACGCAUGCACAGCACACGGUUAUCAGCGUCCAGUCCGUCAGUAUUAGUGUCCGACACAAACCCUCCCUCCUUUCGUUUCAGUGACCCUCCCUUCGUUCACCUUCAACUAAUACCAUAUCACUGAUUUGUCCGAGUGAGAUAUUUGCUAUUUCGCUCCAGUGCUCUGGUCAUAUCUGAUACUGUUUCCUUAAAGAGAACGGGUGAAAGAAAGGAUUCAGGUGUUUGAAUGAGGCCGCGUUCAGUUCUCGUUUGUUCUUUUUUGUCUGUUUCAAAAGGUCUGUUGUGAAAUUCUCCCUCAACGACGGUUUUAGACAGAAUUUGUGUUUCUUCUGAGUAAUUUGCAAACAUUGGUGCAAUAUAUCAACGCUGUCCAGUGACUUGCAUCUCCAGUGGAUCCGAUUUCGCCAUCGUCAGAUAACCAGAACUGAUAUUUUUACACUUUAAGCUGACACUUGAGUAAAAAAAGUGCAAGUCUUCCUUUUAUGUGUCUGUUUUUGGAAUUAAGGUUUGGUUUAAAAAAAAAAAAAAGUCUGAUCUCGCAAUCUCCCUUAAAAGCUCAAUGAAAACCACAGUUUGCAUCUGAAAAGGCCUUAUCAUCAUUAUUAUUAUCAUUAUUAUUAUUAUUACCACACGGCUACACUUUACGCUCCAAUGUGCCUUGUUGAAACGGGCGUCGUCAGUUCUUAUUCUUAUUGGCGGAAAUAAAUCGGGGGGGGGGACUCAGGAGUCAUUGAAAGUAGUGAUUGAUAUUUGCACUUCUGGCUGUGAUUUGCUUGUUUUCCGUACGAAGAUGUUGGGGUUUCAUUUCAUGGCGCUGGGUAAUGAUUUGGUGAAGUUAAACUCACAUUUCCCCCCAAAAAACUGAGAUUUAAUAAUUUAAUAGUUCAGCCUCCGGUUUUGUCCACUGAAUGUGAAGCUACAGAUAGCAGCUUAGCUCACAGUAGACUGGAAAUGAAGAAAAUGCUUGAAUCUCAAUAGCUCUAAAACUAACUGAGUAACAUUUAAAUUUAGUUUUUAUACAUCUAAUCUGUUAAAAAUCUGAGUUGGGAGUUGCCCUUUGUGUUGUCGCCUCUCCUUCACCCCAUCACUUCCUGUCUGUCUCUAUGACUUCUACAACAUCUGUAUCAGUGGUCUCUUCUGGUUGCCUGGUAACAGUCCCAGCCAUUAAACCCCUUAAUAACAGAGAAUAGUUGUUUGCAAGUAAGACCUAUUGUGAUCUACUUUUUUUUUUUUUUUUUUUUAAACAAUUGCUGCUACCUGGAUCUUUGUAUUCAGUGGACAAUUAUGAGUUUCGAAUUACCCAGUGUUGGAUUACUAAUUACAGAAUUAACAGAGCUUCUUUCUACAAAAAAAAAAAGUGGAACCAAAUGUUGUUGUUUUACGUUUGGACGAAUGUGCAUCAUUAAUUAAUUAAUUUAUAUGUGUUGUGUCUAUGUACAUGCUUUUAAUGUGUGUCUGGUUCAUUAUGCAGAAUCUUCCUUUGUGUUUCUCAAGGCCUGUCUGUGAAUCUUCUUUAAUUAUCUCUUCCUCCGACCAUAUCUUCUACCUGAGAGAGCGUUACCGUUUGAAGGCCGGUGUAUUUAGUAAGACUGACUGACACUCAGGGUGACCCAGCUUUAGAAAUAUUUCACAAAUAUUACGUAGCUUCCACUAGUCAUUUCCUCUCCUGCGUCUGCUCGGUGGAGGAAGGCGCAGUUUUAAAUAUGGAAAGAGGCGAGACUACCCAAACUCACUUUAACAGCGAUGAAUUAUGAAUGCCUUUUUUAAAAAAAUAAAUAAAUACCAUCUCAUUGUAAAUUACUUGAAAGGCUGAAAGGAUUUUGUCAGCACUUCUGCUCGUGACGAGAAAUGCCACUUGUUUCCAUUUCCGUGUAUGUACACAUAUAGCAAGGAGAAGGCAUUUGAGGAAAGCAUGAAACAAAUGCGAAGAGGAAGAAUCAUUUUCUCCUGAAGUAGCCGUUUCUGUUCAUGUCGAUACGUCGGCAGGUAACGUUGGAGAGGAAGUUGUUUCCAAGACCAUUCUCUGCUUUACCUGUCCUCCCUCCUCCUCCUCUUGUUUCUUUUUUUCUUUCCGCCCCGCUGGUCUGGCAGUUAUGUAGCAUGAAUCCCUCAAAGACGUGCUGUAUUUUCUGCCCUUUCUGCCUUCUUGGAAUGUCAUCAACAUGCUGACUUUUUAAUAAAGGAAUUCCCUGACUUUUAAA